AUGGGUUCAAGCUCAACAACAAACGAUGGUGAUAGUUUCACAAACAUAUCUGUAGAAGAGCACUUUAGCGUCUCCCAAUCUACUUCUUCUGACCAGUACUAUGCAGGCCCGACAGAACAAAACUCAACGGCGGCUGAAGCACUUGUAGGGAGGUCGACGACAUUAACAGAAGCUCUCAAAGCAGCGGCCAUGAACGUCGGCCGUAAACCGGUAGAAACCACCGACGUGGCUGCCAUAAAAGAGGUGGAAGCUAGGGCUAUCGGAGGCCGGGACAUAGAAAGCCAUGGACCAUGGGGUGGUGUAACCGCAGUAGCAAGUAGAGCGGUUUCUCGUAACAAAAAGAUUGUAAAAGAAGAUGAGAAGACAAAUCUCCGCGACGUUAUGUCAGAGAUUGAUGUGAGAGUAACUAGAGACAGAGAAGUGACGAGUGAAGAUGCAGAAGCAGUGGUUCAGGCUGAGCUUACUCAUUCUCCUUUCAAUGAUAUUAUCCCUGGAGGUGUUGCUGAAUCAGUCACCGCAGCUUAUAAACUCAAUUGCACUCCAUGCAACCUAUCUCUUUGA